GACGUAAUGGUCUAAUGGACUUCAAACAGGAAGUAAAUACAAAGGUUGUAGCAGUCAAAUAUAAAGCAUCUGAAAGCUCUUCUGCAUUAAUUUGUCUCUGUCUGCAUGUCAAGCACGUUAACAGCGUAAAAAACAAAAAUGUUUUUACCGAUGUGUUGGGGCUAAAGUUUCAAAAGCUUCGAUGUUUUACGAGGUGUACCGGCCUUGCAACAAGUGAGCUCAACUUUGAAGAAAGUCUACACUAAGAAGUCUAUAAUCUUUGGUGGACACUGGGAAAGUCGAAUUUAACUCUAAAGAUGAGUUCCUACGGACCACCGGAUGAUUUCAUGUGUGAAAUCAAAAUCUGUUUACUUGGAGCUGCUGGAGUAGGAAAAUCAUGCAUUGCUACAAGAUUUGUGUCAAAUACGUUUGACGCAUAUUCUUUACCAACUGUUGGGGCAGCUUUCAUGUCAAGAAUAAUAAUAGUUGAAAACCAGGAAUAUAAGCUUCAUUUAUGGGAUACUGCAGGCCAAGAAAAGUACAUGAGUCUUGCUCCUCUCUACUACCGAAAUGUUGCAGCUGCCAUUCUGGUCUAUGACAUCACAUCUGAAAGAAGUUUUUUUGCUAURGAAGAAUGGAGACGGCAGUUGCAGCGAUAUGGACCACCACAUGUCRUCAUUGCAAUUGCUGGAAAUAAAUGUGACAAAGACGAUGAACGUGAGGUUCUUACAGUAAACGCCCAAGAAUAUGCAAGCAGUUUUGAUGCCAUCUUUGCAGAAACAAGUGCUAAAACGUCCAGAAAUGUGAACUUCAUUUUUGAAGAGCUUUGUAAAAAGCUUACCCAGGACAAACUGAUACAGCCUUACAGCACACUCAAUCAAUUAAACGUAGAAAACGCCCCGGUAACAAAGAGYUGUUGCUUUUCCACUAGACGAGAAACACACACAUAGCUAAUAGAUAAUAAGUUAUUUCUCAGUCUCUUAAAGUCAUUCAAAUACUUAAAAAAUAAAAUAAAUUAUUCGUCCGUUCCGUAAUUCAGCAAGAAGCUGAGAAGAAGAGAUGAAAGAAGAAGAAGAAGAGAUGAAAGAACGGUAUUAGUUUUUAACUGAGGCUAUAAUAAGGCUAUAAUACAAAAAAGCUCUUGAGGACAAUGUCUGCAAAAUUUGCCUKUUGUAAAUAGUAUUGUCAAGGUUUGUAAAUAGUUUUUAAACAAUAACUCACUAUGUUAUAUAUACUCUCAACUGCCUAUAGUCUAGUUUUUUCAUUUUAUUUUAUCUUUGAUUUUKAUGUGAGGAAAUAACAAAAUAAAUUGAUAAAUCCCGUUUUA